AUUAGGUUGUUCGGAACAAAGUGCAAUAGCUGUCUUCAGUCCAUCCCCUCCAGUGAGCUAGUGAUGCGGGCGCUAAGCAACGUCUACCACCUGCGAUGCUUCACUUGCGUCAUCUGCCGGCAACAGCUCAAGAAGGGAGACGAGUUUGUCCUGAAGGAAAACCGGCUCUACUGCAAGGAGGAUUACACUAAGGAGCAGGGGACCAUGGAACAGAAAGUUUCACGUAAAGAACAUUCAGAUGGGAGGAAAGGUCCCAAGCGGCCGAGGACAAUCCUGACCACCCAACAGAGACGAGCGUUCAAGGCUUCCUUCGAAGUCUCCUCAAAACCUUGUCGAAAAGUGCGAGAGUCCUUAGCAGCCGAGACAGGACUGAGCGUCCGCGUGGUUCAAGUCUGGUUCCAGAACCAAAGAGCUAAGAUGAAGAAACUAGCCAGGAAGAAUAUGACGGAGCAGGAGGCCGCAGCCCAGAGAAGAAGUGGCCAGAACCGACAUCGGCGAAAUAAGGACAAGAAUGAAGAUUCGGACAGUGAUGACAGCACCUGUGUCAAAAUGGACGAUGACGAUGACGAUUUCUCCUUCGAUGACCUUAGCAACCACGAAUUCGACAUGACCCCCCACAUGACACCACCCAUGUCAGACCCCCCACCAUACCCUGAGUCCUCCAUGGCCCUCUCCAUUCCCCCACCCCAGGGGGUGACCUCCACCUCCCCUAUGUACGCCCACGAUCAAAUGUUCAUGGCCGAUGGCCCCCCGCCGAUAGACAGCGGUAUCGACGACGAUCUCGUCUCGACGAGUCAGGGUACCUCUCUGCACAGUAGUGGGAGCGAGUGUGAAGGAAAUAGUCUGGUGCACCACAGCAUAUCCAUUAGUAAUCCUAUCGACAAGCUGUACUCAAUGCAGGACUCGUACUUCAAUGCAAUCGAAUGACUAGCCUGGAAGGAAUGCCCAACUCACUGAAACAUUCAGACUCUGUAGAUCUGCACUGCAUGGAGCCAUCUUGGAUUUUCUUCCAUAGGAGAAUGUGAGACCCAGAGUGAGGCUAUUGGUGCAUGACAGGCUGGUGCCCUUAACAUAGCCAACUGACAUCAGGAUGAGCACUACCAGGAACCAGACUGCAGCCUGCCUGUUAACCUCAUUUUGGCCGUACCGUGAGGCCCAUGACUGAAUAGGCUGGUACCCAAUACAAUAUCAAGUGACUGACUACAUAAUGCAGUCCGGGAUUCAGACAAUGAUGGCUACUGGGUCAAUACGGAAGUUGUACAGUACAUAUUUUUUGGGGGGAAAUAACUACUUUUCAAGAAGUUUCAAAUAUCAGCCACUCUUUCAACCAAAUGACAAAACAAUUCAACGAUGGAUCUCUUCUGUCUUUGUUAUGAACUUUUCCAUUGUAUUCAUAAUGAAUAUGUAAAUAUCAACUCUUACAUGUACAUGUAUGUAAGCUUAUACAGUCCAAUUCAAAGGCCGACUUUUGCAAGCCAACUUCACAACCAAAAGUAUGAACAAUCUUUUGUCGCUACUUCUUUUUUUUUCGCAAUUCACUGCCGGGAAGUCUUUUCAUGCAUCUGUAUUUAGCCCUACAGUGUUACAGGGUGAUCCUAUACAACAGCACUGCCCAGUUCCACAAGUGUGUCAGUCAGUUAAUCAGUCAGUUAGGUAUGACGAGGACAGGGAGCUCUGGGACCAGCACAAAUUUGUGCAAAAAAGGAAAAUAUUCCCUCCUGUUUGAAAUACUGCAAAGCAUUGAAACUCAUUGUCAUGUUAAUGAGAAGUUAGGAAGAAAAUGACACAAGAGGGCGCUAUACCCAACACAUGGAUCCAACUCAACGAGGCAAAAAUAGACAUGCAAUGCAUGUAACUCACAAGUCCCCAAAAGCCUAUUUAUUAUAUCUAUAAAGGAAAGUGCUGUUUUAACAUUCAUUGGAAUAACAAUAAAAGCCCUACUUUCAAACUUUCGCAAGAAAAAUGGCCAUCUUCGGACUUAAAUUAAGAAAGAUCAUAAGCUUGCUAAAAAUGUCUUACCUUGCAAUGUUUUACAUUCUAAAUAUCUCAACAAGUGCAUACAUGUUUCGUUUCAGUCUGUAAAUGUGUAGGCCUAUGCAAAGUGUCUUUUGUUAUUUGAUCCAAACUUUUGUCUUUUUUUCCGGUCGGAAAGUUUAGUGAAAAACUUGGCAGGUACUUAAGUACGUAUUUAAGACAAAUGAACAAUAAUCGCCAAAUGAGCAAAUUUGUUUGCGUUUUAUCAUCAGUGUCAUCUUGAUACUUUUCUUAGAUAACUUUAUUUUUGGUCGAACUGUAGUUUUGUUCAUCGUUAGUUACAGGAAAUGUCUGUGUUACUUC